AUGGAAACAGAAAAAUUGAGUGAAAAGCCUGAGGACAUUGAGCCAGCAGAAAUGAGUCUUGAAGAGAUUGAAAGCAGAUUAGGUUCCCUCAUACAAGAAGAUGUUAUUUCUCAAUUGAAGAGUGCUGUAUGGAAAGAGCGUCUUGAAGCCAUAUCCUCACUGAAACAACAGGUUGAAGGUCUCCAGGACCUUGAUCGCUCAGUGGAGAUUUUGAUUUAUUUGCUUUGCACUCUUCCUGGUUGGAAUGAGAAAAAUGUUCAGGUUCAACAACAAGUUAUUGAAGUUAUCACUUAUCUAGCCUCCAGUGCUACGAAGUUUCCAAAGAAAUGUGUUGUUCUUUGCCUUCUUGGUAAGUACAAGUUUUACUCGCAUUUUCCAAUAACAUGCUUUUAG